UGUGCAUCACUGCAUGGACUAGGCACCAAGCCAAAGGCUGAAUUCCUACGAGUCCAUGCAGCUCCCACACGUUUACAGCACUAGGACCCAGAGGGAGCUUAAUUUCUGUGAGUCAGUGCAGCUAGCUGAGCCCUGAGAGCAGUGAAUGAGGCUGGAAAGGCAGAGGGAAUGUGAAUGGCUCUUCUGGCUUGGGAAAGUGUCCACGGACUGGGGUGCUACAGACUACAAAACAGCUUGGACAAUCCUCCGGAUUCCCUGUACCCCCGGCGUCCAGUGAUACUGCUCUGAGUGGAACGCAGAAUAAGCAACUCCCAGACUCAGCUACGCAGUCAAACUGGCCCGAUGGCAUGCUGCAGCCAACCCCAGCUCAGCGUCUGGAUGAAAUAAAGACCUUGCUGGGGGAGCAGUUUUUUGUGCAGUAUACUCAGAGGUGCAUAGCGUAAUGCCCAUGCUGUACUACACUCUGAUUAUAGCUUUUUUGAUCGGCACACAGGCAGCUCCAAAGUCAGAGGACAAUGCUCCACUGGAGUAUCCUGCAGAACACUCCCUGCUCAAUACCCACCGGAGUGACAGACACCACACUCCCAAGGCAGCUCCACCAACAACCCAUGGCCACUCUACUUGGGCAAUAGGUAGAAGAGAAGCUAUAAAUAUCACCAUGGACCCAAAAUUUUUUAAGAAGAGGCGUUUCCGGUCUCCUCGGGUGCUGUUCAGCACAGAGCCCCCCCCAGUGUCUGGGCAAGGACAGAAUAUGGGAUUUCUCAGCAAUGCAGAUUCUCUCAACAGGACUGCCAGGACCAAGAGGACCACGCAUCCUGUAUUACACCGGGGAGAAUUCUCAGUGUGUGACAGCGUCAGCAUGUGGGUUGGAGACAAAACCACAGCCACUGACAUCAAAGGCAAAGAGGUGACAGUGUUGGGAGAGGUCAACAUUAACAACAACAUUUUCAAGCAGUACUUUUUUGAGACCAAGUGCAGGGACCCUAAGCCAGUCUCCAGUGGGUGCCGAGGGAUUGAUGCAAAGCACUGGAACUCUUACUGCACCACAACACACACCUUUGUCAAAGCGCUGACAAUGGAGGGCAAGCAAGCAGCCUGGCGAUUUAUUCGAAUUGACACAGCCUGUGUGUGUGUGCUCAGCAGGAAGUCAGGGAGACCCUGAGAUGGAUGUAAACCCCAUGACAACAUCUUCCUACCCCCCUACCUCAGUCUGUAAAUUAUUUUAAGUUAUAAAGGACUGCAUGGUAUAUUUAUAGUUUAUACAGUACAGAAAGAACCUCAUUAUUUAUUAAACUCUUUUGGAAA